CCCUUGCCUCCACGUACUGGGUAGAGCACACGUCCACGGGCUUUCGGAAUGCGAUCUGGAAGAUGGAGACCUUUAACCAUAUCGCACCGAUCUCCGUCAGGGCACUCCAGUUCUUAGGCAAUGUCACCGAUGCACAAGUAAAGGAGUGUAGGGCGCAGGACCUCAAGUUCCCCCCUAUGCGCGCAUUAGACCCGGACAAGUGUGGGGAGACGAGCUCUGAGAUGUGGCAGAAGGCUAUCAAGCAACAGGAGAAGCUGGACCUCAGGAAUCUAAGAAAGAUAUGGAGCGUGGGUAGACCCUAUCUCAAAUGCAAAUGUAAGAAGGAGAGGAACAAGGACUACGGGGACACCCCUCUGUGGUUUGACCACGUCCUCUGGUAUCUGCUGGCACACCCGGAGAUCCUGUUUCUGGAUAUGUCCUCGAUCAAGAUCAGGACAUCAAUGCUGAUCCACUACCUCAGGACCACAUGGAGGGACGGUGUACUUGCCGCCAUCAGCUUUCACUUCCUCAGGGAUUUGAUGAUGGGAUACGUCAAGGAACUCGAGGGCGAUGCGACGCUGACUGCGGAGACCAUACUAAAGGAAGAUCGCCUGUGGAACUACCCGAUCCCUGCGACACUCGCACGAAUCAUGCUCCCCACGCGGGGCCCGAGUAGUAGCAUCAAUGCCCCAGGGCACGUGACCACACUACCAACCGGCAGGAGAUCAUGGGAGAAACAGAAGUCAGAGUGCGACGGAUUUCUGCACUUGAGAUACACUAGCAGAAUAACGGAGCCACUGCCCAUCAAAAGAUUACUGAACGAGGUCCUGGCGAGGUUAGUGGGAGACGAGACGGCGACUUGGUUAGAGAGUACCAGGAUUGGGUGGACCUAUAAUGGCAGUAUCGCGUCUUGGCGAUGCAGACCGACGGAGGUGUUCUGUGACUUUAACGUGGCACAGUGGAUGGAGGCCUACGAUCCGCGGCAAUGUCCGUGUAGAUCUCGGAGGUACGCUGACAUGCAGAGCAACUCAUCGAUCGAACUGCUCCAGAACGAGGGUUGUACACAUGUAAUCACACUGGACUCAUCAAUGACGGACAACCCGCUACUCCAGGGCAUCAUCAACUCCGGGCUCAGUCAUAUCCCCUGCAUAGCCUUGGACGUGGACGAGGCGGAGGGCGAGGUGGACAACUUCCUGGACAAGCUCUUUGCAACGGGCGAACUUUCAGCCAUACCUGCACUUCCGAUCGCACCUGCAACACUCCUGUAUCUCAUGAUGGUGUUCAAAGCGCACAAGGGCACAUUUCGCUGGAUCAUGAACACGGCCAAUACGGUCGUAUCCCCUGCGGCGGACCUUUGCGCUUGUCUGCUUCGGUUCCUCCUCCCUUUGGUGCAGACAUUCUGUCAGGAAAGGAGCUUGGAGGUGGAAGAACAGUAUGGGGUGAGGCCGAAUCUGUGGUGGGCCAUAGCCGUAGUGGGGGAGUUUUGUGCGAACCUACCGGAGAAGGUCUUUUCCGUUUUCACAGCCGACAUCACCCGUUGCUUCGAAACGAUCCCCAUAGACAACUCGGAGGAUAGUCUUCCCGCGGCAGUGAGGUUCUAUGUACAGAGUGCGAUGCGGGUGCGGAGGGAGAGGAGCUCGAGCCAUGCCAUUGGGGUCAAGGUGGGGGUGAAUGGCAACCUGUGGCCAUCCUGGGUGGACGGCGAUCAACCGGAGGGCAUGGGGUCUAUAAUGUUCAGGGAAGAGGAUAUUUGUUGGCUCACAAAGUGGUGCAUCGCCAACAACGUACUGCGCAUGGGGGACUAUGUAUGGGGGCAAGUCAAGGGUAUCCCCAUGGGUUUGGCAUGCUCCCCGAUCUGGUGCGACAUCUAUUUUUUCAAGUACGAGUAUCACGCCAUGAUGAGGUCGGCGGAUACAGGGAAUGUGCAUCUGAUCUCAUGCUUCGCGGACACCUUCAUGUACAUCGACGACCUAGGCUCGAUCAGCAACGCUAUCAUCAGGGACUUCGUGCGGAAGAAGCAGGACAGGGAGGCAAGCGACCCCUGCUGGAUCUAUCCAGACGAAUAUAUAGAGAUCAAAGAGAACACCGAGGUUACGGUGGAUAGAUGCGGGUGCAGGGCCAACUUCCUCAGCAUGACCAUCAUGGUCACUUCCCCGGUGACAGGGUCCUACACUACUUCCAAGCAUGACAGAUGUGCAGGUUUGGGGUUUACUCCCUGCAGAUUCAUGAAGUACAAGUCCAACAAGAGCGCCAAGUAGUCGCUACAGAUCACAACGGCUCGGGUUGCACAGAUCC